CUGGAGGGCAUCAUUACUCCCAACUUAAAUCUUUAAUAUCCACUAAAUACGGGAGUAGAAUUCAAAUAUUGGAUAUCGCAGAAGUUUACUCGCAACGUAUGACUAAAUAGAUAUGCUUCUUUGGACAAAAAAGUAAUAGAUGAUCGGGAAUUCAGUUCAUGCCUCAAUAUUUUAUCUUGCACACGUUUCAGUAUUUUCCACAAGAGGGACAUAAAGUAUCUUCAAGCUGUUGAAGUGUUCUUAUCUUCUUAGUCAGGGGUCGGUAAGUUGCUACGCGAAUACAUUACUUGGGGUAAAUGAAGCAAGUGCUAACAAACUGGCUGCGUGGCCCACAGACAUAGAAUGAAGUUGCUACAGAUCGUUUUGAUCAUCUUCACUCAGCUGAUUUUACUCUUUCACAUGAGCAGAGCCAAGUGGAAGAAUGGAACUAAACCGACUACAAGGGCUGAAUUGAUGGUGCAACUGUUGAGAAAGUAUGAGAAGGGCAAUGCACCAAGAAAAGGACCAACAGACGUGAAGCUCGGAAUCUACAUUAACAGUUUCUACUCCAUUAGCGAACAAACUAUGGAUUAUUCCAUUAAUAUAUACCUGCGACAAAGCUGGAACGAUCCAAGAUUGCAAUUUGAACCAUUCAACGGCAAAGAUAAACACAUGAUUAAAAUGGAAGAUGGUACUUGGGAUUUGAUUUGGACUCCUGAUGUGUUCUUCCGCAAUGAGAAGAAAGCAGAGUUCCACUAUGUCACGAUUCCAAACCGUCUUCUAAGACUUACUGACAAUGGCGACAUUUGGUAUGCUUCCAAAAUUACUGCAACACUGUCGUGUCCGAUGGAUUUACACAAAUAUCCUCUUGAUGAACAGCGUUGCCCGAUGAUGUUCGAAAGUUUUGGCCAUACUAUGGAUACACUGGUUUAUAAAUGGCUUGAUACUGAACCAGUUGCAAAAGAGCCGGGUUUGCAGUUGCCCCAAUUUAAUCUUAAAAAGUCAUUAUUACACGAUUGUUCCCAAAACUACACGACAGUUGGACACACAAUGGAAACAUUGGUUUACAAAUUUCUGCCGACUGCAGUGGAUUACGAGGCAUUAGAUAUAUCAAAUUUUAUAUACAAAGGGGAAGCUUUGACUGAUUGUUCUCAAAAUUAUUCAACAGGUGCCUACCCAUGCCUUCAAAUCGAUUUUAUUCUCAAAAGGGACAUUGGAUACUAUAUGAUCCAGCUCUAUAUACCCAGUGUUUUGAUAGUUAUUCUAUCAUGGGUAGCCUUCUGGAUUAGCAUUGAUGCAAUUCCAGCUCGUGUCACAAUUGGACUUCUUACAGUGCUUACAAUGACGACACAGAGCACAGGAGCAAGAUCUCAACUUCCAAGAGUAUCUUAUAUCAAAGCCAUAGACGUUUGGAUGUCAACCUGCUUGUUGUUUGUGUUUGCUUCGUUACUUGAAUUUGCUGUUGUAAAUGUGUUUUCACGAAAGGAGGUCAAAACAAGGACAGCUGCAACUUUGAAGAGAAAACGAAAAGAAGACGAGAUGGCACUCGAACAGAUAAAUAUAGUUACACACAAUGGAAGGGACUUCAAGGAAGUGAGAGAGAAAAUAACCAAAACAAAAUAUAUAAGAGACCCUGACGGAAGGCAUAAAGCUAGAAGGAUAGACAAAAUUGCCCGAAAAGCUUUUCCUGGUGUUUUUGUAGCCUUCAAUCUUAUAUACUGGGUAACAUAUAGCUUUUCAGAAUGACACGAUUCCAGGGUUUGGAUAUACAUAUUUGCUCUAUAAUGUGAAUGAAACUAUCAUUUUGCAUAGAUGGAUACCUUCUCAGUGAAGACUAUGUAAAUUAUGCAGAUUUUGUGAUAUCAUUUUCUUGAUGAGCCACGUCAACUCCAUUACAAUUGUAUAGUUAUAUUUAUACUACUUGCUAUGCUAUAAGCUUAUGGAAAAAUCAUCAAAUACAGCACCACCCAAAUCAUUAAGGUAAGAACUAAUAGGUCGCAAUAACAUAUCAAAAUGCUUGAGUUGGUCUAGUUUAGUGCAAGUAUUUUAUGAAUUGUGAUAUGAUUUUAUAACCGUGGAUGGUCAAACUAUUAGUCCAUGGUAUGAAAUCUCUAGGACUUCUAAUAAAGAAGCUGGUAGCAUACUAUGGCGCAGCGAUAUUUGACCUAAUAAUA